AUGGAAAUUGAUUUGGCUUAUGAUAGUGGUAUAAAAUUGAAGGAUUCAUAUGAGUUCAUGGCCAGGCAAGUUGGUGGUAGAGAUGCUCUUGGUUACACCAAGCAAGAUCAAAAGAAUUACCAUUAUAGUAAAUGGAAAAAAGAACAGAAAUGUGGUAAGGCAGGGAGUUUAUUUAAAUACUUUCAGAAACAAAGGAAAGAGAAUCCUUCCUAUUAUUAUGCAGUACAGUUAGAUGCUUCAAAACUAAUAACAAAUAUUUUUUGGGCAGAUGCACAAAUGAUUGUUGAUUAUAAGUUAUUUGGAGAUGUAGUUUCUUUUGAUACAACGUACAGAAUUAAUAAGGCGUAUCGAACCCUUGCAAUGUUUGUUGGGUUUAAUCAUCAUAGAGAGUCUGCGAUAUUUGGGGCUGCCCUUUUAUAUGAUGAAACUAUUGAUACAUUUCAGUGGCUGUUUGAAGCAAUGUCUGGGAAGAAACCAAAUACAAUUUUUACCGAUCAAGAUCCGGCAAAGGCAAAAGCCGUCUCAUUGGUGAUGCCAAAUACUUAUCAUCGAUUAUGUAAAUGGCAUUUAAUGCAAAAUGCUCUGAAGCGUGUCAACCAUUUAUUAUGA